AUGGGCCACAGUCAAAGACAAACUCCAGAGGCUCAGGACAUUUUGGAAGAGAUUGAGAAGAUGAAAGAAGAAGCAGCCAACCUUAAGGGAACACAGGAUGUCACCAUGCUGAGACUAUUCAUUGUCCCCAGCUACAAGCAGCCCAUCCUGAUUGCUCUCAUUCUUAAUGCCAGCACCAAGCUGUCAGGGUUCAAUGCUAUAAUCAACUAUUCCACAAAAAUAUUCCGGCUAGCUGGUGUUGCCCAUCCCACGCACACCUCCAUGGGAAUUGGGGCCAUUAACAUCCUCUUCACAAUAUUCUCUGUCUUCCUUGUAGAGAGACUAGGCCGGAGGAGCCUGCUCAUGUUUGGCCAGUUUGUUAUGGCUAUAUGCAAUAUGCUGCUCACUCUUUCCAUUGCUACAUUGCACCUAGUGGGCCCCUAUGUCUUCCUGCUCUUCAUAGGCGUCCUGCUGGUGGCCAUUCUCUACACCUACUUCUGA